UAGGGAUGUGAAUGGAUCAGAUUUGACACUAUAUCCGUUUUUCCGGAUAUUCAUAUACUUACAUUCAAAUUCAUAUUUGAAUUCGAAUGAAAAAAAAAUUGAUAUCAUAUGCGAAUCUGAAAUCUGAAUUUGUAGUAUGAAUCUGAUUUUUAGAUUAACAUCCGAAUUGAACCAUAACCAGUCCUGCCGAGCUAGCUCAUGGGCAAGAUAUGGGACCAAGAAGGAUUGAAUUGGCAGUCUGGUACUAGUUGACUGGGCGUGAUCCAGCUACGUGGUAUGGCUGCUAUAUCUGGUCAGACCAGUUUUUGGUAGACACCUAACAAAACCAAACAUCAAACCAGCAUGUUCUACAUGGACAAAGUAAUGCAAGUAAGGCAUAGUUGGCUAAUCCCAUGACCGUUAAAAUUUGUACCGGACAAACCAAGCAUAGGACUCACUGGACCUUGAACUGGAUAUAAACGGAUUGGAUUUGGCCAAUCUCCAAAUGUAUCCUUUGCUGGGGAAGAUGUAACUAGGAGAGUAAACGAAUCGGAUCCAGGUUGGGAACUUGAACCUGAUCCAAUCUAAACUCAACCAAUCUUUCAUGUAGCCUAUUCCUAUCUGUACCUUUUACGCUUCUCAACCCUGAAUUUGAUGAGUCUGUACACCUUCUUGUUCCUUAUUAAAAGAAUUUCUGGCUAAAAGAAAAUUGGAGUUGAAUUUUGUUUGGAUUUGGAUCAAGAUUGAAAAGGAUGGUAAGAACCUAGACUUAGCUUAACUUGGCGAAUCAGAUGCAUUGCAGACACUAAUGCAUCCAGAUUACGUAAACUAUAUUUUUCAAAUGAGCCUAAUGGGACAUGAGAAAAAACCAUUAAUGGAAGUCAAAAGAGAACUUGCUUUCUGGGUCAACAUCUGAUAAUGACAGAUGAAAACCAUUCGACUGAUUUUGCUUCCAGGUAUCGAGGAAGCAAAGAAUUUCACAAGUUUCAUCUUAACCUCACAUGAAAAGGUUGGAAUAAAAGCUUGUUUCUUCCCCAAGUAAAGCUAGAGAUCUUCUGUUCAACCAAGACCCCACAGCUUAUAUGUGCCCUCCCUCCCAAUUUGUCCAUUUCCCAAAGACAAUUUGAAGGUUUAACGUCUACAAGGGGGCGACAACCUUACACAGCAUUGGUGCCUUCUGAGUUUGGCGGUAAUGGAGAAAGUUGGAGGAAGAAUGUAUCAGCCCGUUCAACGAUUUGGGCCAGAAACUACCCAUGAAGAUUUCUUACCAGCAUAUGAUUGGGCCCAAGAUAGUGAUGGUCAUAUCCUUCUCAUUGAGAUUCCUGGGUUCACCAAGGAAGAUGUCACGGUGCAGCUUGACAACUACGGUAAUUUAACUAUUGGUGGACAAAAAAGGGUAAGCGACAGCAGAUACAGGCGCUUCAAACAGGUUUUUGGAGUGCCAGAAGAUGUGAACUACGAAAGCAUUUCGGCGAGAUUCGAUAGUGGCCUCCUCUACAUCAUCCUGCCAAAGAUCUUGCCAGCAAUCAAGGAAGAACAAAAAGAUGGCAGAGAAGGCAGAGGCAAAGCAGAGCAGGAACAGAAUGACAAAAGCCAGCUCUCCGAGGAAAGAACAGAAGGGAUAAGGGAGAGGGCUGGUGGACAAGAGAGGGCCAAAGAAGAGAAGAAAGAGAAAGUUGGCGGUGAAGAAGGAAGGAAGGAAGAAAAGAGAAAGACCGUUGAGCAGGAAGAGAAAAGAAGGGGAGAGAAGAGAGAUGAAGUUGGUGCGGGAGCCCAAAGAAAGGAAAAGAACAGAGACAAGAUCGAGGAAGAAGGGGAGACGAGGCAAGAAAAGAAAGAGCAAGUAGGUGGGAUACGGCAAGAGAAUAAGGGAAGAAAGAGGGUGAAAUUUGGUGGAGAAGAGACAAUAGGCAAGGGUCAGGACACGAGACAACAUGUCGAUGAAAAAAGGGAGCCGACGGAAGAAGAGAAGGAGGAAGUUGGCAGGAAGGAAGGAACAGGGGAAGAGAAGCGCGGAAUAAUUAAUGGAGAGGCAACCAAGAAAGAGAAAAUUGGGGGAGAAGGGGAUGAAGUAAAGGAAGAGAAGAGAGAGAAAAUCGGUGGGCAGAUGGGAGUGAGGAAAGACGGGAGGACUGUUGCUGGUGGAGGAGAGAUUGGAGGUAGGAGGGUUGAAGGAAGAGAAAAAGAAUCUAGAAGAGAGAGGGAAAGUGUGGUGAGAGGAAGCGAAAACGGAGAAAACACCGAGGGCUCAACCGAGACGAGGAAGGAAGCAGAGGACUGCGGUAUGGGGCUGAGAAGGAUCUGGGAAAGUGCUGGGUGGAGACGCGCACUAGAAAGCGAGACGAUUGGAGAAGUUCUCCAAGCUAUGAAGAAAAACAAGGUCGCAGUUGCAUCAGCUCUCAUAGCUCUAUCGGCUGGCUUGUACUUAUCCCACAGGUUUAAGACAGCUGGUGAUUGAAGUAAAUAA